ACCAGAUACAAAAAUACAAUGAGUAUGUGUGUGUGUGAGAGAGUUAGAAGCGAAAAAAAAACACCGAGAAACCAAAAUAUUCCAUAAACUAAUCAUUCAGACCAAAUGAGUAUGGAAUUUUUUUUGUGUGUGAGAGAAAACGAAAAUAAGAACGAGAUAGAGACAAGGAGAGCAAGAGAGAGAAGGAGAGGGAGAGAAAAAAGUAAAUUCGAAAGAAAUGGAUUCUUGAUGACUGAUGGUUGUUUUGAUUGAGUGAAUAAUUCUGUCUUAAGUGACCAUUGAUUUCAUUGAAUUGUUUUUUGGUUUUCUGAAUCGGCAUUUUAAUGAAUUUUCCGUUUUUUUUAUUCAUCACAAAAAAAAAUUUUAUUUAUGUAUCUGUGUACAGAAUUUGAUCAUGGAAUAAUUAUGCGAAAAAGUUUCAUCAAGAAUAACAAUGACAAAUGAUGAUCGACGAUGAUUCUAUAUUUUUUUUGUGAACCGGCAUCCACGAUUCUUUAUUUCGUUUCGUUUUGAAGAUUCAAUUUUAGCAAUCAUGAUCAAAGUUUAAUAUGAUUUUUAAGAAAAAUUUCUCAUCAUGAUGAUAGUGAUCAUUCAACAUUAAAUUACUACUAUUUGCAUGGUUUUUUCUCGAAAAUUAUUACAGCUCAUCCACAUAAACACUCACCGUUAAUUCAUAAAAAUAAUAUACCAAUGAUAACAACGUAAGUUUUUUUUGUUUGUGCGUGUGUGUGUGUUACAUAGGCAGUGUAAGGUGAACAUUGAACUUGCUUGAUGAUCUGAUUGUUUGUCUGAUGAUGGCAACAAGCGAGACAACAACUAGUGCCAACAGUAAAAAUGGUCGUUUAAAUGAUAGCCAACAACAACAAUUUCAGCAAAUUAUCAAUAGUACAAAUUCAAAGUUGCCCAUCCAUUUAUCAUCAUCAUCAUCAUCAUCACCACCGCCGGUAUCAUCAACAACGACAACGACGAAAUCGUCGAUGUCGAUGUCUGCUCCUCAAAAUACCUCGUCAAACACUUCAACAUUAAAGACGAAUACAAAUACAACGAAUAUAAAACAAUCGUCAUCUACAUCAACAACAUCGACAUCCAAAGAUAAUUCAGAAUUGUCCAAAAUAAUAACAACAACAACAACAACAACAACAACAAUGGCUGCUACCGUUACUUCAGCGCCAACUGCAACAACAUCAGAAUUCAAUAAAAUAUCUUCCACGAUGACCACAACAGCAUCUACGACUGUAUCGACAACAACCAUCAUAACAGCCAAUGAUGAAACAACAAUAGAAUCAUUAAGAAAAGAAUUGGAACGAUUAAAAUUACGAUUAGAAGAAGAACGAAAUAAAUUGAAUGAUGUAUCAUUUUCUUCCGCUGCCAAUCGAUUAGAUCAUAUAUCCGUUAUGAAUAUCAAACCACGUAGACAUCUUAAGGGCCAUAUUGGAAAAGUAUUAUCUUGUAAUUGGUCCAAUGAUAAUCGUCAUCUGGUCAGUAGUUCACAAGAUGGUCGUGUUAUUGUUUGGGAUGCAUUCACGGCGACAAAGGAACAUACGAUUACGACACCGACUACUUGGGUCAUGUCAACAGCAUAUGCUCCUUCUGGAAAUUUUAUCGCUUGUGGUGGCCUCGAUAAUAAAGUCACUGUUUACCCUUUAACCUACAGUGAUGAAGAUAUUUCUUCGAAAAAGAAAUCUGUAGGUACACAUACAUCAUACAUGUCGUGUUGUUUAUUUCCUGGUUCCGAUCAGCAAAUUCUAACGGGUAGUGGUGAUAGUACCUGUUCGUUAUGGGAUGUAGAAUGUGCUACAUUGAUACAAAGUUUUCAUGGUCACUCUGGAGAUGUUAUGUCGAUAGAUUUAUCUCCUUCUGAAAUGAGCAAUACCUUUGUCUCUGCCGGCUGUGAUAGACAAGCUCUUAUUUGGGAUCUACGUAGUGGCCAAUGUGUUCAAUCAUUCGAAGGACAUGAUGCUGAUAUUAAUUGUGUGAAAUAUUUUCCAAGUGGUGAUGCUAUCAUAACCGGAUCUGACGAUGCAACGUGCCGGCUAUUUGAUUUACGAGCCGAUCGUGAAGUUGCCAUUUAUUCAAAGAAAAGCAUUAUUUUUGGUGUCAAUUCGGUUGAUUUUUCCAUUAGUGGUCGUCUACUAUUUGCUGGUUAUAAUGAUUAUACAAUCAACGUUUGGGAUACACUAAAAUGUCAACGUCUUUGUGUUCUAUAUGGCCAUGAGAAUCGUGUCACUUGUGUUCGUGUUUCUACCGAUGGAACUGCAUUGGCCAGCUCUAGUUGGGAUUUUAGUCUUAAAAUUUGGACCUAAUAAUUUGCAAUCGAUUGAUUUGAUUGAUUGAUUUGAUCUCCAAUUUGUUGUUUUAUAUUUAUAUAAAUAUAUGUUAUAAAUAAUUGAAGAUGA